GCAGUAAUCUACCCUUUUCCGCGUUUUGGGCAGGGGUUUUUUGAUGAGUUGGACAGGGGAAGGGGAAGGAAAACAUCCAACAUAAUAUGCGAAGGUAUGUUUUUGAAUAAUCUCUCUCCACAGCGCUUGUUGGAAUCGGCAUUCGGAGUCGAAAGAGGUGAAAAAGGGGGGGUAACUAAAAUAAAACAACAAUCCUCCGCUCCCGUUUUCUCUUUUUAAGGGGGCUGACGGAAUUCGGUUGACACAUUCCGCUCUCUCAACGGAUCAAUCCGUGUGCCGGCUGUGUGUGGGGCUGACGAAGAUGGGAUUUUGAGGAAGCGGGUGCCGUAUUUUGCUUACAUACCUGAAACUCUUCCCAUUUCUCGCCGAGCGAUAGCGAAAAAACAAACCCCCCUAAGGGGGAAACGAAAAAAGGGGAAAAACAAACAGCAAAAGCAAAACAUUAUGCCCCGAUGAGAUAUGUACUAACGGUGCCGGGGUUGCGUUUCGGUGUGCGAGUGCCAGCGUUUGCGUGCGGUUUGGGAAAUUUUUGGGGUACACUUUUGCUCACAGCAGGCGCCGAUCGCGCUCAGUCAGUGUUCCCGUGGAUACGGCCGAAAGAACAAGUGUGUGAUUUUUCUUUUCUGAAGGGACAAACACGAACGACGCAGCGAUGUGAAUUGCGAUGGCAUAAUUCGAGCUUCGACUAGAAUCCACGGGUGAUUGAAGUGAGCUGUGCGUGUGUGGUGCUAGUGUUGGCGUUUCUCUAUCCCAGCAAGCAUUCGUUUUGGUGAAACGUGAAAAAAAGAAAAAGGCUCCGAUCAACGGAAAAGUGUUGACCGAGUGACCCCCGGUGCGAGUGUGUUUGUGUGUGCCUACGCAAAAGUGGCCCACGGCACUUGGCCACUUUCGGGUGUGUGUGUGCGUGUGUUUGUGUGUGAGUGUGUGUGUGUACCGCGGCUUCGUGCUGAAUGUUGAAGAUGUCCUCCAUAUCCGCCCAGGGAGUGGUUGAGCGUGCCUCGGCCGAACUAUCGAAACGCAUCAACGGCCUUGGGCUGCGGUCGAAGCACCAUCAUGGCAGUGGCGGUGGUGGCGGCGGCGGCGGUGGCAAAUCGGGCGAGAAGGCCAGCGUGAUGGAGCGCGUCACGAACGUGCUUUGCGGUGGCAGCAGCUCCAGCAACUCCAGCAACGCCGCCAAUCUCACCAUCCAAACCGCUGGCCAGUCACAGUCGGGCGGUGGUGGAGGAAUCACUGGCGGAGGUGGUGGUGGUGGCCACGCUCCCGAGAAACCGUCCCGUGUGUCCAACACAACCGGGGGAGGUAACAGUGCGGGCGGCAAGGGCUCGAUGCUUGGCAUGGGCGCCGGACCCGGUGGCAAAUCGCAGUCCAACACACCGCAGUCGCUGCGCAAGAUUGGCCACCAGCAGCAUGGCGGCGGCAUGAACCAUCACCAUCUCGGGGGAGCGGGCAAGAUGGGCCAGUCGCAGCUGGCUCUGCCGCAGAUACUGACGAUCGAGCAGCUGCUGCAGGACGAACGCUUCCUAGCCCGGUUCUUCCUGUACUUUACGUCGUACGAGCGGUGCACUCUGGCGCAGGUCUGCCAGAAGUGGCGCGAUCUGCUGUACCGCAGCCCGCGCUACUGGAGCGGCCUGGUGCCGGUGCUGCAGUGUCGCGAGCUGCGCCAGACCACCAACCAGGACCGGGUGAAGCUGUACAACUCGCUGAUUCGGCGCAGCUUCCACGCCGUCUGUCUGAUGGGAGCGACCGACGAGGAUGCGCUGGAUUUGGUACAUUCGUUCCCGCUCGCCUCGAAACACGUCCACUCGCUGAGUCUGCGGUGCUCGUCGAUCAGCGAUCGGGGUCUGGAGGCACUGCUGGAUCACUUACAGUCCCUGUUCGAGCUGGAGCUGGCCGGGUGUAAUGAGAUUACCGAGGCCGGUCUGUGGGCGUGCCUGACGCCAAGGAUAGUGUCACUCUCGCUGGCGGAUUGCAUCAAUGUGGCCGACGAAGCGGUCGGAGCCGUCGCACAACUGUUGCCUUCACUGUAUGAAUUUUCGCUGCAGGCCUACCACGUGACAGACGCAGCGUUAGGUUACUUUUCGCCCAAGCAAAGCCACAGCCUAAGCAUUCUCCGGUUGCAGUCCUGCUGGGAGCUUACGAACCACGGUGUCGUCAACAUUGUACACUCUCUGCCACAUUUGACCGUGCUGUCGCUGUCCGGCUGCAGCAAGGUGACGGAUGACGGUGUGGAGCUGAUUGCGGAAAACCUCCAGAAGCUAAGGGCACUCGAUCUGUCCUGGUGCCCCCGGAUAACGGAUGCCGCCCUCGAGUACAUUGCCUGUGAUCUGAACCAACUGGAGGAGCUAACGCUGGAUCGCUGCGUGCACAUCACCGACAUCGGCGUGGGCUACAUCUCCACCAUGCUGUCGCUGUCCGCCCUGUUCCUGCGCUGGUGCACCCAGAUCCGGGACUUUGGCCUGCAGCAUCUCUGCUCGAUGCGCAACCUGCAGGUGCUGUCCCUGGCCGGCUGCCCGCUGCUCACCUCGUCCGGCCUGUCCAGCCUGAUCCAGCUGCGCCACCUGCAGGAGCUGGAGCUGACCAACUGUCCCGGCGCGUCCCAGGAGCUGUUCGGCUACCUUCGCGAACAUCUGCCCCGCUGUCUGCUGAUCGAAUAAUCCCAUUCCGGGCACCAACCGCGCAACUCGACCGCCGUUCGAUGACACGUGCAAGCGAGAUCUUCGCUGCCGACGUUCGCUUCCUCCUUCCCGCUUGCUUUCGCUCUCGUUGGAACGUUUUUUGGAGCGAGCUGGAAAGAGGGAAAGCUGCGAACAAAGCUGAUUGGCCUACGCAAAACCUGCCCUCUCUACAUCCAACCUCUGUCGAUUGUGUUUAGCGGAGACAAACCAGGUUGGGAUUUAGUAAUUGUAACGUUUAAUUAGACAAAAAGCGAGGGACGGUGGUGGAACAUUCAGUUUAGUUUUCUUUUCUUUUUAUGUGAGCUUCUUUGCUCUUCUUUUUAACGCAAUUUAUAAGGCAGCUGCCAGCUAAUGCGUAGUUUUUACAACACUAUUUUUACUUACCUUUUUACGCGCAUACUUUCGUGGCUUGUAAACGGAACAGUCACUUUGGCCGUCGACUCCAACACAUGCAGGAGAGAGGAAAACUAUUUUUUAUGGCAACCACGAAUACUUACUGAUUGGUUUUUUUUAUGUGUAAAGCCCUGAUCUCACUUGUUAAAUGACCCUCGAGCAAGGAAACUCAAAAUUAAUGUUAACGUAAAAAAAGAACAGCAAAAAAGGGUAGAAUAAGAAAAGGGCAACAAAGGGAAAGAAGCCUGCAAUUGCUAAAACAAAAAGAAAACAAAAACAAACAAAAAUAAUCUAAUUUUGUCGAAUGUUAAAUGGCUGUGUAGAUAAGAGAGUGUAUAAAACCCUAAUGCAGAAUGAGAAGAAAGAGAAAUUGAUUUAAAAAAAGAAGCAAAGGAAAAACACGCUACGCUACAAACUAAUACAAACAAACAAAACAACACAAGAUGAACAAACAAACAAACAAACAAAAACUACUUCUUACUACUAACACACUCAAACGAUGAGGAUUCGGAGUGUGUUACUGAGUAAUUAGCAAAGCAAAGCAAAAUCCAAAAACCAAAAUACAACGGUGUGUGAUGAAUGUGGUGGUGUUGGUGGAUAUGUUUAACAAAAAACUGAAUGUUUUGGUGGUAGUAGCCAACUAUUAAGUAAUGUGUUAUAUGGAGGAAAAAGUAGAACACACACACUAACAGACACACAUACAGAUUUGUUACAGCUGCAAAUGCACAGCAGCAGAUAGAGAAACACGUUUAGUAAAGUAUAGCGGGAGUAGCGAUGAAUAAGCGAUGAACAAGCGACAAGAGAUACAUACAGAUACACUAAAACUAAUUAGAAAAGGAAAAACCGGGCGGUAUUAUGCUAAUAUAUUAUAGAAAUGGUUGAAAUACACAAUUGGUACAAUUUAAUGUAUGAAGAGUAAUGGAAGAAGUAAUAGGACAGUGUGUGUGUGUGUGGCGCAGACACGUAAACACACGACCUUAGUAUUGUAUUGUACAUAUGAUUUUUUUAAACCUGACAAGACUUGACUCCGGAGAAGUGGUGUGCGUGUGUGUGUUCGUGUAAACGAUCGUGUGUUAUAAAGCUGCAACGUAAGCGAAAGAAUAGAGUAGAAGAGAAGACGCAAAACGCGGCAUUACACAAUAAGAAAAUCGGACCGGAGAGGACAAAACAAAGAAAGGAAAAGCAAAAAAAAGCUUACCCCAUAAUGAAACCUUCCUUUCCCCUAGUUGGUUGUAUAAUAAGACAAGGAUAAACUUUGCCCUUAAAACCGCUCAUUUAAAACUGCUGCAAAAGUUGAGAAAGCAAACAACAACCAAACAAGACGAAAUAAAGCCGAAACAAAAACGCUAGAUUGAAAUAGAAAACAAAGGAAUAAACUUUAACAAAACAAAUAGAGAUAAAGACAAAAGACGUGUACGUAAAAACGGAAAACAAAUAAAUAAAUACCGUGAGCUUUAGCUAAAUGAUGAAAGCAAACAAACACACAAACAAUUUAAAGGAAUGAAUGUCCCGCAGUCCCAGUGUGUGAGAGAAUGUUCGAAAUAGGUUCGUUUUUUCCGCCUUCCGUGUGGCUUUCCGGUUCGUUCCUCUGGAAAAGACAAAAAGUAAGUAAGUAAGUUACAUCCAAACGAUGCCAGUAAACCUGUCCCUAACCAAAAACCAAUCAAAUCAAGUAAAGACCGCCCAUGACCAUGACUGAUGAAUAAAUCGAGCUCUGAAAAUUAACUUCAAAUAACUAAACCUAGUGUGUCCGUAGGAGUUGCCGGUGCGCAUACAUGCUAAGUAUUAUUAUUAUUAUUCGUGACACGUGGUGGUGUGCUUUCCCGUUCCGCGUGUGGUUUCGCGUCAAUUUUUCGGAACGUUGUAAAAAUGGAAAAGGACGGAAAGCAUUUGAAACGGUUUGCGCGAUACGAGAGAUAGAAAGAAGGGAUGGAAAAUCAAGUUGUUAUGUAGUCAAAAUUGGAAAGCGAAAUAUUAUAUACAAGCUGCUAAAAACAAAAAAAAGGACACACACUUUUUUACACCAGUUCACCGUUCCACCGCUCCUAACAAAUUCGUAUAAAUUCGUUUAGCUAUAACCAAAUGGAGCGGCACGCCAAAGGCUUUUCGAUCCCUCUUUCUUCUGGUGGCGGGCUUCGCUAGAGAAGCCCGCGCCAGCCACAACAAUCAAAGCUAGGGUCCUUUUAGAUUAGUGCCACCAUUCGUCGAAACCUAGAAGCGCUAUCAAAUGCUACACAAUUGCUAUAGAUUACAACUCCACUCCACUUGCUAGAAGCUCGAAGGGAAGGGAAAUUCGUUUUAUGCUGAAAAAAUAAGAUUACAGAUGAGCGAGGAGAUCGAUGGAACAACAAAAUAAAUGCUUGCUUAAGCACAUUGUUACGAAAGUGGCGCAGAGGAGAGCUGAAGGAUGAAAAGGAAAACUUUCAGUAACGAAAAACUUUACGAUACACAUAAAGCAAACCCCACACCCCAUGUAUAUAAAGUUAUCAACUAAGAAUAGAGCAAAACCAAAAACUCAAAAA